AUGGAAGCUGAUGGAGGAUGCAAUGGAAGAAAAAAGAUGAAGGAAAUGAUGCAAGCGGUACUUGGACCAAUCAUUGAGUCUUGUCUCGGAGGUCUGCAAUUCAGUGGCUAUCAAGUUUGGACUACCUCCUCAUUACCCUACUUAACAAGCACAGAAUCACCUAUUCGAAUCACAGAAAGUCAAACAGCUUGGAUGGUGUCUAUUUACCUACUAGGCGAAACCAUCGGUCACAUAUUAACUCCUCUCUUUCUCAACCAAAUCGGUCGAAAAUAUUCAAUAACCCUUUCAAUUAUUAUCGGCCUAAUGGGUUUAUUUCUAAUCCUUUUAUUCGACUCCUACAUUUGUUUGUGUGUAGCACGACUCUUGGGUGGCACAUCCCAAGCGAUAUUCACCGGUUCUAUCAUAAUUUACCUAACAGAAAUUUUUGACAAUUGCAAAGAAUUUAUAAUCAUUAUCCUGCUAAUUGACAAAGGUGGUAUGUUCCUCUUCUCACUGCUCGCAUCCUUCGUCUCCUACACGACACUGAUCCUAACAAUUCUCAUAACGGUCGUUUUAAUUUGUUUGACCCAUUGCAUCCUACCGGAGAGUCCAUAUUUCUACUUUCUCAAUAACAAGGACGAUAAGGCCAUCAAGUGUUUGAAAAAAUUUAAAACUGAUAUCCAAAUGAAGAAAGUCGAGUCCGAUAUUUUAAAAAUAAAAGCCGUCAUUAUGGAAGAUGAGAAAAAUAGAAGAGAAUCAUUUAAAGAAUUAUUCCGGAACAUUCAGUACCGAAGGAGUUUGAUGAUUCUUGUUGUAUUGGAAUUAACACAUCAAAUGACGGGGAUUCACUCUAUUUACGGAUACUUGGAACAAAUAUUGAACGAAUCGAAUUGCCCCCUAAAUUCCAAGUAUGGUUUUAUGGUUUUUAGCUUCUUUCAAUUGUCUGCAGUGAAAAAUUAUUUUCAUCAAAUUGACUUGUCGACUUUAACAUGGCUUCCUCUGGUUUCUCUAAUUUUAUUUGGAAUCGUUUACACACUGGGCGUAGCGCCAAUAACAAAUUUACUCCAAGGUGAACUUUUUCCUCCAAAUAUUAAUCGAACUGCAAUGACAUUUGGUUCAAUUUUAGGAUCAAUUUUCGGUUUUAUUGGUACUCUAGCCUAUUUUAUAUUGAGAGAAAAUUUUGGCGAUCAUUCACCUUUCUUGGCUUACGCAACAAUAUCCUUUCUUACGUCACUGCUCGUAUUUUCCAUAAUUCCAGAAAUCAAAGGCAAAUCGCUUGAGUAUAAUAAGCAGAUGGAGAAUAAUAAUGCUAAUUUUGGGGAAAAAUAA